AUGCGCACGCUGCUGGCCGUGUUGUGCGUGGCCUGCGCCAGUGCCCUCCUCUGCCCCCGGGCGGCGGCCGAGCAGAGGCUGCGCGUCUGCGGCCGAGAGCUGGCCGAGACGCUGAGCCUGCUCUGCAGGGACCGCGGCGGCUUCAACGACCCACCCCCGCCGCACCAGCGCGCCCCCGGCGGUGUGGCGCGGCAGGGCGGCGUGGCGGACGACUGCUGCCGCCUGGGCUGCUCGCUCAGCACGCUGCUGCGCUACUGCAAGUUCGACGACGUGGUGCAGCCGUCUCGGGCGCACAGCGACGGCGACGACGGCGGCGGCGCCUGCGUCGACGGCGACGAAGAACUGUUGAGCCUGCAGCUCCUGCACGGGUGCGUAGCCACUGCCUCGCGGCCGAGUCGCCAGCGUCCCGUCCCGCGGAGGCCUCAGCGCCAGCGCCCUCGUCAGCGGGUUCGUCAGCCCCCUCGUCAGCCGGCUCGUCAGCCGCCGACGACCCCCGCGACGCGGCGCCCCGUCGUCAGAGGCACGGCGACGCCCUACUUCGCUGGCCGGCCCGUCGCCGUCGUCCUCACCCCUCCGCACACUCAGCGCCAGCCGGCGACCCUCUAG